CCAAACUCCCCGCUCCACCACGACGAUACCCCUCCUUUUGCCUUUCCUUCUCGCACCCACACACAAUGGCAGCCCAGGUCUCAGCAGGCGGCGGCGGAAACGCGGCCUUCAAGGACAAGGAGAAGCCCAAGGCGGUGCGCAGUGCCAACAUUAUCGCGGCGAGAGCCGUGGCAGAUGCCAUCCGAACGUCGCUGGGGCCAAAGGGCAUGGACAAGAUGAUCCAGACGGGCCGCGGCGAGACCAUCAUCACAAACGACGGCGCCACCAUGCUGAACCAGAUGAGCGUCCUGCACCCCUCGGCCAAGAUGCUCGUCGACCUCGCCCACGCCCAGGACAUCGAGGCCGGCGACGGCACAACGUCGGUCGUGGUCAUUGCCGGGAGCCUGCUGGGCGCCGCUGAGCGCCUGCUGGGCAAGGGCAUCCACCCCACCGUCAUCUCCGAGGCCUUCCAGCGCGCCGCCCAGGAGGCCAUCCAGAUCCUGACCGACAUGUCCAUCCCCAUCGCCCUCUCCGACCGCCCGACCCUGCUCAAGACGGCCGUCACCGCCCUCUCCUCCAAGAUCGUCGCCUCGGAGCCCAAGCUGCCCAUCAUGGCCGUCGACUCGGUCCUGAAGGUCAUCGACUCCAAGACGGCCGACAACGUCGACCUGAAGAACAUCCGCAUGAUCAAGAAGGCCGGCGGCACCAUCGAGGACAGCGAGAUGAUCGACGGCCUGGUCCUCACCCAGCCCGUAGUCAAGAGCGCCGGCGGGCCCACAAUAAAGGAAAAGGCGCGGAUAGGCCUGAUCCAGUUCCAGCUGAGCCCGCCCAAGCCCGACAUGGAGAACCAGAUCGUCGUCAACGACUACAGGCAGAUGGACAAGAUCCUCAAGGAAGAACGCACAUAUCUGCUCAACAUGGUCAAGAAGAUCCAAAAGGCAAAGUGCAACGUGCUGCUCAUUCAAAAGUCGAUUCUGCGCGACGCCGUAAACGACCUCAGUCUGCAUUUCCUGUCCAAACUCAAGAUCAUGGUCAUCAAGGAGAUUGAUCGCGAGGAGAUUGAGUUCAUCUGCAAGAGCACCGGCUGCAAGCCAAUCGCAGACGUCGACUCCUUCACCGAAGACAAACUCGGCUCCGCCGACCUCGUCGAAGAAGUCCAAGCCUCAGGCGCCCGCUACGUCAAAGUCUCUGGCGUAAAAUCCGUCGUAAACACAGUCUCCAUCGUCUGCCGCGGAGCAAACACCCUCAUCCUCGACGAAACAGAGCGCUCCCUCCACGACGCCCACUGCGCAAUCCGCUCCCUCGUCAAGAAGAAAGCCCUCCUCGCAGGCGGCGGCGCCCCCGAAAUCGAAAUCGCACACCAACUCUCCCGCCGCGCCCGCGAACUCGACGGCACGGAAGCUAUCUGCUGGAAAGCGUUCGCUGACGCGAUGGAAGUCAUUCCCACCACGCUGGCGGAGAACGCAGGGCUCAAUAGUAUUAAGGUCGUUACGGAAUUGAGGCAUAUGCAUGCGCAGGGCCUGCGUAAUGCGGGGAUUAGCAUUAAGAGUGGGGGCGUCAAGAAUGAUAUCGCGGAGGAGAAUGUCCUCCAGCCGUUGCUGGUUAGUACGAGUGCGAUUGAACUGGCGGCUGAGACGGUCAAGAUGAUUCUGCGUAUUGAUGAUAUUGCGCUGUCGAGGUAGAGGGGUGGUAUGUGGGGAUGAUGAGGGUGGUGAUGGAAUAGCUGAUAGACUAAAAUUAUGAGUAAUGACAUACUGGCU